AUGCUUGAAUAUUUCGGUUUCAUAUUUGCAAUAUUCCUGGCUGUCUGUUAUGCAGAACCACCUGUGGAGGAGGUUGUCUACCCGAGAAUCCUAGAAGCCAGAGGUCUCAAUGGCGAGAAGAUGCUCCACAUACGAGAUGGUCUUACCUUGAGCCUAGAGAAGAGCACAGUGUUCUCCGAAAACUUUGUUUUUACGGAACACGAUGGACAGAAACAGUAUGACACAAGUAUGAACGGCAAGGAUCUGGAAAAAAAUUUGUACCACAACAUAAAGCAUGGUUCAUCUCUCCUUAUUGAGGAAUCGAAUGGAAGAGUCCAAGUGAGAGGACUCCUUAGUGACCUGUUAUCAAUCGAACCGGUGUUGGCUGGUCAACAAGCAGACAUUGGAGGCGUUGCCCACAAAAUAUCCAAAUUGGACAAGAACCCCAUUCUCUUGAAUGAUUCCGGUGAGACCCAUAAUCAAUCGAAUUGA